AUGGCCCCAAUCCGCAGAUAUCUUCGCAUCAGCAAAUACUCCGUCCUCGAAUGCCGGAUCUACCUCGAGAACCCAUCUGACGCGCGGUGGCUUCUCUUCUCCAACCACCAAGUCCUACCCCGCAUAUUCGCAACGAUCAAGCCAUUGGUUCUUCCUAAAUUACGCGAGGAGAACGAGAGGGCACUGGCGAAGAAGAAAAGUAAUCCAGUGAAAGAUGUUCUCGUAGAAGAUGAUUUCGAAGUUGUGAUGUUUUUGCGGGAGUCCGGGACGAGGCAUUCGCUGCUUACGAAGCAGAAGGAAUUCGGGAAACGGGGCGCGAUUAGGAGCAAUUCCAAUAAACUCACCGGGACAGCAACUACGGCUGAGGAAGUGAUUCUGGUGGAGAGUGACGAGGAGGCCGAUAUCUCGAUAGAUGAUAUCCCUGAGACGGGUUCGGAAAGUAGGACGAGCGAGGGUGCGAAGGACAGGGAUUUGGAGGAGGAUGAACCGGGUGAUAAGAAGCUGCAGCUUACGACAAGCUACGAAGGGUUCAGUAUUUGGGGCUGGACAUUGUGUUUACUGGUGACUCGCAAGACAGGGGGUAGGACGAAAUCAGCACCGGCAUCCACGGCAUUGAUGGAGGAGUGGAUUGGAACACAGGUGCAGUCGGGUCUUGAGGAGUAA